UCCGCGCCGCUCCCGCCGUGGGGGAGGGGAGGAAAGACCCCCCCCCCACCCCCCCACAACCUCAGGAUCUAUGGGGCAGAGCGGAUCUAUGGGGCGGGGCCUGGCUAUGGGGCAGCGCUGCUGUGGGGCGGCCCUGACCGGGCUCUGCCGUGGGGCAGCGGCGCUCCUGGGGCUGCCCGGCUUCCCCCGGGCCCACGCGCUGCUCCUGGGGGCACUUGUGGGGCUGGGGCCGCUGCUGAGGGGGAGGGGGGACCCCCACAGCGUGCUGGCCUCGCCCCAUAACCGGCUGGAGGCCCGCCUGACCUCCAGCGCCGCCGCCUGGACCUGGCUCCUGAUUGGUUCCCUCCUCGUGGCCUCCCAGCCUUGGCUCCGCCCCCCUUGGGGCUCCGCCCUUCGCGCUCUCGCCCGAUUGGUCGUCGCUCUGACGCUUUCCCGCGCCGGCCACGCCCUCGGCGCCGCCCUGGAGGCCGCCACGGGCUGGUGCCGCAGCCCCGCCCCCCACGGCGUCCUCCUCCUCCCAUUGGACGAUCCCGGGGCGUGUCGGGGGGCGGGGCACACCUGGGAGGGAUUCGGCCCCGCCCCCCAGGCCUUCGCCCUGGUGCAUUGUGGGCUGGGAUUGGCCGAGGAGGCGGCGGCGCUGGGGAGGAGCCUCUACGGGGGGAGGGGCAAGAUGGCGGCGCGGGAGCGCGGCAAGAUGGCCGCCGGGUAUGAGGAGUUCAAGAUGGCGCCCAGAUCCAAGAUGGCCGCCGGCUAUGAGGAAUUCAAAAUGGCGCCCAGAUCCAAGAUGGCCGCCGGGUAUGACGAAUUCAAGAUGGCUCCCAGAUUCAAGAUGGCCACCGGCUAUGAGGAAUUCAAGAUGGCGCCCAGAUCCAAGAUGGCCGCCGGGUAUGAGGAAUUCAAGAUGGCGCCCAGAUUCAAGAUGGCCGCCGGGUAUGACGAAUUCAAGAUGGCGCCCAGAUCCAAGAUGGCCGCCGGGUAUGACGUAAGCGAGGAAUUCAAGAUGGCGCCCAGAUCCAAGAUGGCGGCCGGAUAUGACGUAAGAGAGGAAUACGGCGCGGCGCCCGGAUCCAAGAUGGCCGCCGGAUAUGAGGUGGGAGAAGAAUCCAAGAUGGCGGCCGGAAGGGGCUGGGCGUGGCCUCCGUAUGCAAAUUACGGCUGGGGCCGCCCGCUGACGCCGGAAGGGGCGGGGCCUUCCUAUUACGGCUGGGGCGGCCAUCUUGGACGGCCAUUUUGGGGCAGGGGCGGCCAUUUUGAACCCCAGGGCGGCCAUUUUGAAAGCGGCCAUCUUGAACCUCACGGCGGCCAUUUUGAACCUCACGGCGGCCAUUUUGAACCUCACGGCGGCCAUUUUGAACCUCACGGCGGCCAUCUUGAACCCCGAGGCGGCCAUUUUGAAAGCGGCCAUUUUGAAAGCGGCCAUUUUGAAAGCGGCCAUCUUGAACCGCGCCUCAGCCGUUUCGACGUCGGCCAUUUUGACCGCGCCGGCGGCCAUUUUGCCUCCGCCCAACUCCCACGCCGCGGCCGCCAUCUUGUCCGCCGCGGCGGCCAUUUUGACGCUUCCGGCGGCCAUUUUGAAAGUUCCGGCGGCCAUUUUGGAGGGGAGGAGCGCACGCCGCCGGCGGCGCUCUCGGUGCUCUACUUGCUGGCCUUGCUCCUCCUGGUCACGUGGCACUUCCUCCUCAUCGUCACCCUCACCUAUCGCAACACGUGGGCGCGCAACGCCGCCGGCGCCGCGCUGGGCUGGGCCGCGUGGGCCGUGACCUAUCGGGGGUGGUACCGGUGGGCGUGGUCACCGGGGCCGCCGGGGUGGGGCUGAGGGGGCGGGGCCGAG